AGUACACGCAAACUGAGUGCUAGCCAUCAUAGCUACACUACAUAGUUUAUCUUUUUCACAUCCUUUGAUGAAGUCCUGAAACAAAUUAAGUUACCAGGCCCACCUAGUAACAUCAACUGUUUGCUGUAUUGUAAUCCUUUUAAAUGGAGGUUUUACGACCGACCCUGAUAAACAUCAAUGGAAGGAUUUACAGAAAAAACGUCAUCAAAGAACAGGUUUAUCAAGACGAAGACGAUGAGGACGACUUUUCUUACUCAGACCCGGUCGCUGCCCAGUGCACGGACGAACCCUGUGACACACUCAACAUGGAACAAACUGAGAAAGGCUUCCGUUAUGCCAUGGAUGUCCCCAGUGUCCUUUACAAAUACAUUAUUGGAAAGAAAGGGGAGACCAGGAAGAGGUUGGAAUCUGAAACGCGUACCUCCGUUAGCAUUCCCAAGCAAGGAGUGGAGGGACAGAUAGUGAUCACCGGUCAGCAGAGAGGAGCUGUGGCGUCAGCCGUCACACGCAUCGAGGUGCUGAUGGAGAGCUUCCGGAGGAAGCAGCCCUUCACACACUUCCUGUCAUUCGCUUUGAACCAUCCUCAAAUCCAGGAGCGAUUCUUGAAGUUUAAAGAAGAGGUCUUGGAACAGUGUUCAGAGGAUAGCGGAGUUGACAGCAGCAUCUUUCAGAACCCAGCAAAGCUCCACCUGACUGUCGGUACCCUGGCAUUGCUCAAUGACAUGGAAGUGAGCAAAGCGUGUGAACUCUUGCAGCAGUGUCAGGAGCAGCUCCAAGACAUCACCGGGGGCAAGCCACUUCCCAUGGAGGUUGUGGGGCUCGAGUACAUGAACGACGACCCAGCCAUGGUGGACGUCCUGUAUGCCAAAGUCCAAGCGAAGGAUGGGUCAGACAGGCUGCAGGUGAUGGCGGACCAGCUGGUGGAGCACUUUGUCGCGGCGGGUCUCAUGGUCCGGGAGUGGGACAGAGUGAAGCUCCACGCCACCGUCAUGAACACGCUGUUCAGGAAGGACCCCUCAGCUGAAGACAAGGGUGGUUCGGGGAGGCCAAAUAUGAAGGACAGAGAGGCUUUUGAUGCACGGGGUGUAUUAAAGAAGUUCGGCACCUUCCGUUUCGGAGAGUUCCAGCUGAACGCCAUCCACCUUUCCCAGAGGUUCUCCACGGACUGUUCCGGCUACUACACCUCGUCCGGCCUCGUCCAGUUGUCAUGACGAGCCUCGCCCUUUGGCCUCCAACUGUGGAAUUGCGUCUACGGGGGCAGACGGUUUCCAGCGCAUCCGUGUUUGCUAUGCGGCGCGGCUCCUCAGCUUCCUGUCGUCACGUUCUGUGCCGUGCGGCGGGCUGGCGGGCUGGCGGGCUGGCGGCCCGGCGCUGUGCCGGGCUCCGCCGUUCUGCCAGACACGUCUCGGCUACGCAUCGCACCGGUGCCCCGCUUCCAAAACGCACAUUUCCAUUCCGGAAACGGCUUUUCCGCGGCUUAAUGGGGAAUUCGUUCAGAUUCACUGAAUCUCAAACACAUUCAGGUCUACGGGGGGCAGACGGAUUUCACCCGGAUAUUUUGUAUUGUUUAUAUUCUGAGCUAUUUACUUAAUCUUUUCAAUCUGACUACAAAAACUAUAGAUUUUCUUUUUUUUCCCCUCCCACAGACAUUUGGGAAAAUGAAUUCAGGCUUAUGAGGCUGUGCAUAAAUAAACAGAUGAUUAUGCAAAAUGCUUGAGUUACUAAUUAACAUCAAUCUCUUUAAAAUUCAGGAGGCAUAUGACUGAUUAAUUGUACACGGAUGUGGGCCUGUCUGCAGUGCAAUAAGAUGAAUUGACUUCUGAUUGUCUGGUAUUUUUCUCCUUAUUUAGUCCUAUUGGAGCAUAACAUGUUUGUUGCUUAUAACAUUUUGUUUGUCUUUGCGAGUCUAAAUGAUGAGGUGCAUAAAUACUGGAAUUUGCCACUUCAUACCUAUUUUUGUGCUACAUGAAUGUUUUAACCAUAAGUGGUUUUCCCUAUCAAGAAUUUACAAGAUUGUAUAGAUACUCAUGCAUCUAUAAAUUCAAUUUCCCUGUGUGCAAUCAUGUAUAUAUUUGAGUUGAGAUGUUUUUUUAUUCUCCUGUCUUUUGUAUGUAAACUGAUUUUGUAUGUAAAUCUAAUCACCAAAUUGAUUAGAUUGCUUCUUCCAUACGCCGCCUUUUGAGGGGAGGACAAAAAGCUUCCGAACGGAGAGAAAAGAUGACAUCAGUUAAUCUGCCGUUUCAGUUGAAGGAGUGAAAUAGGUUGGUUAAAAUCCCCCAUGGGCGCAUCGUUGGGAGCAGACCCGCGUUAGAACAGGAUAGGUGCGUCUGAGCUAUUCCUGGCUGGGUGUCGACUCUCUGGCACGCCCCUUCCUGUGCGCUAUCAACAAGAAGGAGAGAAACACAGUGUUCGGGCCCAGCAUCCAAACUUAAAGCACCCUCUUUCCUGAAAUGUUUCUCCCCAGCAACACCUCUGCUACAGCAGGGUAUGAGCGCUUAGUGCAGAGGUUACGAGCCUGUUGUGGGUGGGACGAGAGAGGAAGUAGGAUUACUCCAGCGUUGGCUCCUCACACAUUAAUUCUCCCCGUGCAUCAAGAUAAUCCCCUAAAUAUGCUGUGACAUAAACAGCUCUAAAAA